CAAUAACAAUCUCUAAACCACGGAAGAAGUUGUACUGCCAAGAUUGAUUUGUGUCACUCGUCUUCAAGGAUGACUGUUUUUCUUCUAUAGUCCAAACAUUGAUCCACUGAGAUCCUAUCAGUCCUAUCAUCAUGACGAAAAGUGUGACUGUCACCUAUGCCUUAUGGGCAAUUGGUGGACCGUUGGGCCUUCAUCACCUGUACUUAGGAAGAGACAGCCAUGCCCUGCUAUGGAUGCUCACCCUUGGGGGCUUUGGAGUGGGCUGGGCCAGAGAGUUCUUUCGUAUCCCUGCAUACGUGGGAGAAGCCAACCGGGAGACAGAAGGAGGGUUAAGAGAUAGGAGAAGGCACCCUGUAGCCAGACCUCCACCUGUGAGCGUUGCCAGAUUUGCUGGUCAGAUUUCCGUAGGGAUCUAUUUCGGAACGGUGGCACUGAUCGGCCUGAACUCACUGAGUUUCUUCUACCUGAUUGUACUGCCGCUGUGUGUGGGCGCCGGGGUCCACCUGGUUUCCAGUGUGGGAGAGCAGACAACUGACCUACACAAGACCCUCAUAGCCUGUGUCAUCACCUCCCCUAUCUUCUAUGGCAGCACCAUCUCCCCUCUGCCCAUCAGUAUCGCUGCCAGCGUCACAGCGUCACAGCACCGCAGGUUCAAAACCCAUCCACCUUCUGGGAGUCAACAAGAACUGGGUCCUCGUCUGUACCGUUUGGCCCUAGUCUGGCUGGCAUUCUCAGCUCCACUGGGGUACAGUAUCUUCCACAACACCACAGCCACACUCUACUACCUGUCUGACUGUGUGGCAGCCCUGCUGGAGAUGUUCUGGUUCUUUCCCUGGCUCCGCUCGGUGGUGGAGUAUUUCCUGCUGCUACCCUACAGGAUACUGGGUGCUUUCACGGGCUGGGGCCCCUCGGAAGAGAGCUGGAGGAAAGUUUUGGAGAUAUUGCUCACAGAGCGCAGUCAGAGGGAGAGAGAGGCACUGCACAUGUUGUCAGUGAAUAAGGAUGCUUCUAUGGAGGAGAUAACACGUAGCUACAGAGAGCUGGUGAAGGUGUGGCACCCGGACCACAACCCUGGCAGCAAGAUGGAAGAGGCACAGAAGAUGUUUAUACAGAUCCAGGAAGCCUAUGAGACUCUGCUCAGAAGACAGAAGCCUGAUCAUCGAAAUAAGUGAUUUCCCUCCUAGACCCCUGUCAACUCAAAUGCCAAUGAAGUGGCACAGACUUGGUCGUCCUCUCAGAGGAUCAAUUGUCAUAAUGUAUUUUAUCAAAGUCAAGAAGGUAUACUUUCUAGAUGCAGAUUACAUUUUGUAGUAGCCAGGUUGCUCUCUUUUUUUAUUGAUAUGUAUUUUAUUCGAUUUUCUCACACAAGCAUGUCACACAGUUUCUUAUAACAGGAUUACAGCAGCAUAGCAAUGUUGUAAACAAUUUCAUGUUGUUCGACAGCUGUACAUUGGGGUUGAUGUUAAAACAUAUAUUCUGUAUCCAACCUGUUGAUAAUAGUGACUCCAAUAUUUAGGUUGCUCUCUUAUAAUAAUACAAAUAAAUUGCUGCCAUCUUGUGGUGAAUUGUAGAACGCCAACUAUAAUGAUUGUCAAUUAAUAUAAUUGAAAAAUGCUAUCUAGACCAGUACCCAUACAUCACACCUUUCUGAUUUAAAAUAUAUACUUUUUGAUGCCUCAAUAAAUCUGCUGUUUUCCACAUUU